AUGGCCUCAAACAAAUCAUUCAUCACAGGUUUCCUACUUGCUCUGACUUUCUCAGGCAUGAUGAACAUGAGCCUCGCAGCUCGCCAUCUUAUGCAAACAACUGCACCAAAUUUUCCAGGCAUUCCCUCUUUGCCUAAACCAACAUUGCCACCUUUGCCUUCUCUUCCAACCAUACCUCAGGGUCAGGGUAAUGUUCCACCAUUGCCUUCAAUCCCAACAGUGCCUCAGCAGCCUCAGGGCAAUGUUCCACCUUUGCCUACAAUCCCAUCUCUGCCACAACCAUCUCUUCCUACCAUGCCAACUGUCCCACAGCUCACUCUUCCGCCACUUCCAAACCUCCCCACAAUCCCAACCACUAUCCCCUUCUUGUCACCACCACCUUCAGCCACCACUCCCUGA